AAAGGGUUUUUGAGGGGUUUAGAGUUUUGACAUAGAAGUUGCGAAUUGCGACUACACAUCUGUAGGAGUCGGCGGCGGCUACACCGAGAAGCCUAAAACCAUUUAGCCAUUUUUUUGCCUUAUUCGAUUCCCACAAGACCCGAUCUCGCGGCUGAGGAAAAAUGGGGUUCAUGUCAUCGACGGAUCCAAAGACGGAGAAUUCCGAUUCCCAAUCUCAAAACAACCAAGUCCCAUCGGAGAAACUUGGAGAUUCGUCCCCAGAGCUUGGAGAUUCGUCCUCUUCGGAGAAAUUGGGUGAUUCUUCAACUGUUUGGCGUGAUCCAGUAGAAUCCGGAUCCCCAAUUGAAGAAUCGGAUCAACCAAAGGAAGGAGACGCGGAGGGGGAAGAGGAAGGAGAGUGCGGGUUUUGCUUGUUCAUGAAAGCAGGUGGUUGCAAAGAAUCGUUCACGGCUUGGGAAGUUUGCGUGGAGGAAGCUGAGAAGAACAAGGAAGAUAUCGUCACCAAGUGUACGGAAGUCACUUCGUUGCUGAAGAAGUGUAUGGAUGCUCACUCCGAUUACUACCAGCCGAUUCUCGCGGCGGAGAAAGCUGCUGAAGAACAGGUGAAGAAGGAGCUCGAAGCCGAGAAGAAGAUCUCGGAAGAGGAAAUGGCUGCGAUGAAGCUAGCUCAGGGAUGAUUGAAAUUGAUUUUGGUAAUUUUUAUGGUUUCUCGUUUUAAGGGAUUAUCAAUAUUGGAUUUGGGGAUAAAAUUGUUCACUAGGAACAGAGAAAAUUUUCGUUGUUAGAAUCAAAACUUAUAAGAUCGACCAUUGAUGGUUGAGUUUCUCCCCUUAUUAAUCUGUCAUUUUGUUUGCGAAUAAGUCGAGAAAUAAUUUGAUAUAAAGGUCCCUACUUUGUUGAUGCCCUGAAUGUUUUAGUCAAGAAACCUUGUCUUCCUUUGUGGUUUGCUAAGCUAUUUCCUCAUUUUAGCGUGCUUUGU